AGCUCGACGUCCUUCUUUCGGAUCACGCAGGCGUGUCAUUACCAAGGCUCCCAUUACAUGGCGCCAGGAAUUUAACAAGUGGACAGCGAACCGUCGUAUAAUCGAGCAAUAUAGGGAUCUGCAAGGUGAACGUUUUAUAUCGGCGGACUACACCCAGUUGGGUUAUUAUACCACGAACUGUACAGACUCUAGUGGAUUCGUCUCAAAGAUCGACUAGCUCAAGAUCGCAUCACAUCAAAAUGAUAAUCUACAGGGACGUUUUUCUUGACAAAGAACUUUUCAAUGAUGCCUGGAGCUUUGAGCCAGUUGGAGCCGGCAAGACCUUACUUAGAUUGAAAGGAAAAGUAGUGUACGAAGUACCAAGUACCAUUGACGACAGCUUGAUCGGCGGAAACAAAUCUGCAGAAGCCGACGAACCAGCAGCCACCGAGGACCCAGUUAGGACCCUUAAGAUGCCUCACCUGGCCGAAGCCGUCGAACCAUACACCAAGAAAGGAUACCAGUCAUGGCUUAGACGUUACGUUGGUCGGUUGAUGGACAAGAAAGAGGGAGAGGUUGCAGUCCUGAGGAAUAACGGCGACGGUGAAGAAGCGGACAAGAUGGGGGCAGAGUUGGAAAUCUUUAAGGAUAAGAUCGAAUUGGACAUCGAAGAUGUCAUACUCUCCUCAUUCGAAGAGAAAGAUUUUAAAUUCUAUACUGUCGACGAAGAUGAGUAUGAAGUUGAGGGGAUGCUCGUGCCGAUGACCUGCCCCAAAGAUGACCCGGACGUAAUAUUUCUCUACUUCAUACAAUAUGGUUUGGUGACCGAAGAGAUAUAGGUCAUUAGGAGGCAGUUCGAGUUGACCAUUAUCAUGAUUAUCAAGAAUCUAUUAAAUAAAGGAUGGUACAGAAUGGGUAUUUUUAUAUCUCAAUAAAUAGAGUAAAAUUCACAGAGCAAAAUGCUGAAAAUUUGAUCAAAAUUGGAUAUCAAAUAAUGAAGUUAUUGAAUUUUAAAGAUUUGCAUUAUUCCGGUGAAACAGUUCUAAGGAUGGCUUCAUGAAUAUUCAUGAGAUGGGCCGAUGGUGUCAUAUCCCCACUUGUUCUUUUGUAUUUUAUUAUAUGAAAUUAAGUUUAUUCAAAAUAUUUCUAUCAAGAACUAAAACAAUUGGAUUGACAACUGAUUAAGAGCAUUAGUUAUUUAUUGCUGCAACUUAUUUCAUCAUAAUGGAGACACAUCAUCUACACAUGUAUGAAAAGAUGAAACAAUUAUGAUUUCAUGUAAUAACAUAAGAAAAAUGAAAGUGGGGAUAUGGCAUCAUCAGCCCACCUAAUGAAUAUUCAUGAUGAUGUGCAUAUGACUGUUUUCACAAAAUAUUCAUAAACUUUAAAAUUCAAUAACUUUGUUAUUUGUUAUCCGAUUUUGAUGAAAUUUUCAGCAUUUUGCUCUGUAAAUUUUACUCAAUUUAUUUAGAUAUAUUUUCAGCCCGGACCAUCCCUUUAAGAUUGAUUAACUAAGAGAAAGUUAUGCAGAUCUGUACUUAGACGUCUACGGUGCAUUCAGGUUAUACUAUAAAUCAUAAGUUUGUACAUCUGUACGUGGAACAUGAUAAUCAUUUGACUUAUCAAAGUGUGCGAAGUAAUAUGGUAACGCGAAUAAAGUAGUUGAUAUGAUUAGUACAAGCUUCAUAAAAUAGAUUUAAAAAAUGAUCAGGUUUCGUUUUUUUUUUCCUUUUAGUGGUUAUCGUUAAUAUUUGUAUUUGUGCUGUAAUUGUCAUUUUGUUGUAAAUCACAUUUCCCCCCAAUUUUAUGCUCAUGUUUCAAUCUGGUGUAUUCAAUUACAUCAGACGAGAUGUUCAGUUUCCAGUCAUUGUUUGUUAAAGUCGCAGCACUAAUAAGCUUUGCCUUUCUAUAUAAAGCAACCUCCUAAUUCACUCACAUGUACCAAAUAUUACAAAUAUUUUCAAGAUUAUGAUUAUGACCAAUACUGUAUUUUUUUAAAAUGAUUUCCCACGUAGAUUGUAUGGUAACUUUGAAUGUACCUCAUUUAUUUGUUCUUUUUGAAUGGAAUAAAUACUUAAAUAAUUGAA